AUGUCUCCCUUGCUUCUCCUUCUCCUGGCUCUAGCCAUCCCCCUAGCGCUAGCCACGCCGGGGUCGGCGUCGGGGAUCCAGGAGGACGACUCGCGCGUCCUCGGGCUCUCGCUCGCCGGCUUCGGCGUCCAGGGCACCGUCCCCUCCGCGCUCAAAUACUGCCGGUCCACCAACAUUCUCGACCUCUCGAAGAACGCGCUCGAGGGGCCGAUCCCGCCCGCGCUCUGCGACUGGCUCCCCUACCUCGUCGUCCUCGACCUCUCCGGCAACCGCUUCUCCGGGCCGCUCCCCUCCGAGCUCGCCAACUGCCGCUACCUCAACUCCCUCAAGCUCAGCCACAACAACUUCUCCGGCCAGAUCCCCGCGUCUCUCUCGCGGCUGGAACGGCUCAAGACGCUCGACCUCUCUGAGAACCGGCUCGACGGCCAGAUCCCGCCCCAGCUCGGCGCGACAUUCCCCAAGGAGUCCUUCUCCGGGAACCCGGGCCUGUGUGGACGCCCUGUGUCCUCGUACUGCGGCCGCGAUUAG